AUGUAUGUUCUUACUGUGGCGUACAGCGCCCUUCUUCCUUUUCUCAAGAACGGCGAGCCUUAUGGAAUUGUGAAACAAACCCUGGACGAUACCACGAUGCUACCUCCAGGCCUUCGCACGCCACGUGAGGCUGUUCUCUAUUACGACCAAGUCUACUUCGAUCUGAUCAAUAAUGGCAAAGCAUAUCCGUUUAUCUAUCCUUGGGCGACUGUCGGUGCUGCAGUCAUCAUCGGCUACCUUCUCAUCGACCACCGGAAAUCUCCUUGGCUGCAGUGGGCACGAUGGCCAGUCUUCGCUUUUCUGUGUCUGUUCCAAGGCUGGUGUAUAGCAACGAAUCGAGCUCGAUACUGUGCGUCUGCAUUCGGCGUGGGCCUGCUAUCAUUCUGGGGUACUCUGUGGGUGGCUGCAAUCAUGAUAGCGAACGAUUGUCAGAGGGACUUCAAGCGAAUUGAGCGUCGUUCGGACACGACGGAACGGGCUGCAAACACCGAGACGAAUAGCAGUGCAUCAACCAUUGAACAGAAGGAACUCAACGCACGGCAAAGACGGCCCACCGCCCAGGGCUCUGACGGCAGCUCUGACGGCAAGCACAAUGAGAGCCGUAAUGAGCUCUACUGGCAAGAAUACCCAUCCGGACCUCUCAUAGCACGUCUCGACUGGGUAGCCGACUGCUUCUGCAGCUUUCGAGGUGUAGGUUGGAAUUGGCAAACUUCAGGCAUUCCACCACCACCACAAUGGGCACAGACUCAACUCGGCGAUAAUUCUAACACAGACAACACCACAAACGAUUCCCGCUAUACCAAAAGUCGAACCGGUAUUCGCCGCUUCUUCACACGCGCAGAGCUACUCCGAGAUUGCCUGAUCAGUCUCACAUCAACCUACUUCAUCCUUGAUUUCACGUUGACGUUGAUGCACCGGGACCCAUACUUCAUCGGGUACACUACAGCUUCAGCGCCAUCCCACCUUCCGCAGAUCAUCCAGAACUCACACUUUCUAACCAAGUCCUUCCGCCUCCUCCUCAGCCUGACAGGAAUCUACACAGCCUUGUACUCAAUCUUCAAGCUCGGCCCUCUCUUCUUUAGCUGUCUUCUCGGAUCAAAAGUGCUAGGUUUACGCGGCGAAGCCUGGAUGAAUCCCGCGGAUAUGUUCGGCUCUUACGCCAUGAUCCUCGAUAAGGGACUGGCAGGAUGGUGGGGAGGGUGGUGGCAUCAGACGUUCAGAUAUGGAUUCGAGGCACCUGCCACUGCUAUACUGGCUGCCACUGGCAUCGAAAAGAAGUCGACGAAAGGGAGACUGGUGUCGUUGUGCAUUGCUUUCUUCUUGUCAGGGUGCGUGCAUGCUUGUGGGAGUUACACCCAGCUUGGUGAUACAAGGCCGUUGCUCGGACCGAUGAGGUUUUUCCUACUGCAGGCAGUGGGCAUUAUGGCACAAACUGUCGCAACACACCAGCUCAGGACCGCGGGCAUUUUGGAGAAAUGUCCGAAACUGAUUAAGCAGGCCGCGAACUUCGCGCUGGUGCAUGUAUGGUUGUAUUACACAGCUCCGCUUCUUGUAGAUGACUUUGCUCAAGGUGGUGUUUGGCUGUUUGAGCCUCUGCCGUUCAGCGUGCUGCGCGGGCUAGGAUUCGGGGCGGUGGAUGAUCAGUUCUUCUGCUGGUGGCAUGGACUGUUCUGGUGGCGAACGGGUAAGCAUUGGUGGGAUACUGGCAUAGCAUUGUAG